CUGCGGUUUUCGGUUCGUGCAGCGUUUUGCGGCCAGCAGGGGGCGCCCCAUUUCACUCUGUCCAAAGAUGACUGCCACCCGAGUUCGUGGAAAACAGAGCGACCGCAAGAGGCAACGAUCUCCGAGGCCCAGGCAAUGCAGGGCCGAUGCAGAAGUGAAAACCAAGGAGGUGGCAUGUUCGAAGAGAAAACGGCGUUGGACCGUGAACGAUGUGCACAACUCCGUUUUGAAGGUCUUUGUGUGGCAUGUGCAGCCCAAUUACAAACAACCGUGGUGUUCAGAAGCGCAGACCUCGUCGACAUCGUCUGCAUGGCCAAUUCGCUUGAAUGGGGCUUUGCGAGUUGUCACCAAUGCUCAUUCAGUCGAGCAUGCAGCAUUGGUUCAGGUAAAGAGACACCGCCAUGAACAGAAAUAUGUCGCGCAGGUGCUUUGCAUUGGAACUGACUGUGAUCUUGCACUUCUCGAAGUUCCGCACGCAGACUUUUGGAAGGGCCUCGAGCCGCUGGAGAUUUUGCCUGGCCUCCCGAAGCUGCAGGACAGCGUCUCCGUGGUGGGUUACCCCACGGGCGGCGAGAGCCUCUCCGUGACGCAGGGCGUGGUCUCCCGCAUCGACUUGGUCGAGCCCCUUCGACGGACACGAACGCGACAAGAAGUGAAACGGUGUCCUACCCAUCAAGCUCAGCCCUGGCAAUUGCUGCUGCUUACUCUCGGAUGCACUGUUACUAUCAGCAACCUCUUCAUCUCCGCCAUUGUUCCCGCCACGUAUGCGCAAACUGGAGUGACGCUACUAGCAGUGCAGAUUGAUGCCGCCAUCAACUCGGGCAACAGUGGGGGCCCAGUGGUUGAUCAGAAAGGCAAUUGCGUUGGAGUUGCGUUCCAGAAUCUGGAUGGUGACGAAGAAUCUGCGGAGAACAUUGGCUACAUCAUCCCCACCGAGAUCGUGCAACACUUUCUGGAAGACUUCCUGAAAAAUGGCCACUUCACGGGCUUCGGAUCUGCGGGCAUCCACACGCAGGCCUUGGAGUCGCCUGUGCUGCGGGAAGCUUUAGGCAUGGCGAAAAAUCAGUCUGGCAUCCGAGUUAAGGCUGUUGAGACAGCUGGGCCUGCCAAUGGCAUCAUUUUGCCCGACGAUGUGCUUUUGGCCGUGGACGGUUUCAAGAUUGGUAACGACGGAGAAGUGGCCAUGCCGUGGGGGCGAGUUGCCUUCAACUAUUUGUUGAAUCGGCAUUACCCCGGAGAGCAUUGCGAGAUGCAGGUGCUGCGGCGCGAAGGGUCCCCGAAGAAGAUCACCUUGCAGGUCUGCUUGGAACGAAAUCGGGACCUGGUUUGCGCAGAUGCAGGCGGUCCAGAUGCCACAGCGGGCUCCAUGCUUCCACGCUUCCUAGUCACAGGAGGACUUGUGUUUGUCCCCUUGACCAUGCCCUUCAUGGAGGCCGCCUUUGGAGAGAACUUUGCUGAGAAGCGACCAGCAGAAAUGCCGGCUGAGCUUCUCCAUUUGCUGGAGAACGGCCACCGCAGGUGUGCUGACCAUGAACCGCUCAUUUUGACGCAAGUCCUGGCCAGUGAGUUGACGGUUGGGUAUUCGGAGUUGGAAUAUGAGGUUUUGGAAAGCUUCAAUGGCAUCCAGGUGCGGAACCUGCGGCACUUGGCCGAGCUCUUGGACGGCAGCAAGGACACAUAUCUUCGAUUUGGUUUCGUGAGCAAAGAGAUCGUGGUGCUGGAUCGGCUCAAGGCCACGCAGGCCUUGGCAUCCAUAUUGGCGCAGAACAUGAUCCCCGCGGCCCGUUCUCAGCUGUGAACUGGUUCUCGUUAGGUAUCAAAACGGAUAUGUUAUGAAACGUUUCUGUGAUGUUUUAUCGAACCAGAAGCUACUAGGAGCAAAGGGCAUCGCUAGGAGCAAGGAUGCUACUAGGGGCUCCUGGCCGUACUAGGAACAAGAAGCUAUGUGCUAGUAAUUGUU